AUGUUCCGUUAUAUAAUGCGCUUUAAUCCAACGUGUGCUAACCAACUACAUAGAUUGUACUCCGUUUCGGAGGGAAUUGUUAAAUUUGAUCCGAAUAUCAGUGUGAAAACUCUGAAAAUUAUUCAAACUGAGCCUAGGGGUGCUCAAUUGUUCGACGUUCGCGAUCCGAAUGAACUUGAAGAGGAUAAUAGACUACCCGGAGCCGUAAAUAUUCCUCUUGAUGAUAUUGAAAUGGCCUUCACUUUGGACGAUGCUGAUUUUCAGGCAAAAUAUGGAGUUCCAAAGCCUAAACCGAGUGAUGAUAACCUCGUCUUUUCCUGUCGAGCCGGCCGGCGGAGCUUAAUUGCUUGCGAAAAAGUUCAAAAUCUUGGAUAUGAAAAGUAUGUCAUAUGUAUCGAAUUAAUUAGUGAUACUGCCUUAUUUUAA